AUGCUCACGUUUAAAAAACUACAUCAGAGGAUACAGGUACCCGGCCAUCAGAACCGACAAGAUGGCCACUCCUACGGCAAAUGGUCGAAUGCAGAUCUUGAACCGACACCACCAGCCCAACGAAACUGGUCACCUUGGUACUUCUUCGCAUUCCAAUUCAGCAUCGCAUUCUCACCCACGACCUACAACAUCGGCUCAACGCUCUUCGCGAUCGGCUUAAACUGCUGGACCAUUGUCAUUGCAGCAUUCGUCGGCACUUUCCUCUGCUGCCUCGUCCUCAUCUUCAACUUCAGAGGCCCAGUCCUCUACCACGUCGGCUUUCCAGUCUACGCGAGGUUGUCCGCUGGCAUCUAUGGCUCCUUAUGGUUCAUCUUCAUUCGCGCGGUCGUAGCCAUCUUCUACAUGGGUACGCAGACAAACUACGCCUCUCGUCUGCUUGAGGUGGCGUUGAGAUGCAUCUUCGGACAUAGAUGGACAGAUAUACCGAAUCAUCUGCCCGCAUCGGCAGGCAUUACGACCUCGCAGAUGGUGGCUCUCGUCCUGACCUGGCUGCUACAGUUUCCUUUUGCUUUUCUACAUCCGAGCAAAGCCGGGCCGCUCUUCGUAGUGAAGUCGGUCCUGUCUCCGAUUGCGUACAUUGCAACCAUGAUCUGGGCUCUGGUCAAGUUCGGAGGUGUAGAGCUUAGCCUAGGAAGCGAGGAUGUUACCGGUUCAGCCUUGGGUUGGUCUUUUAUGAAAGCCAUCAACACGGUCGUGUCAGGCGUCGUUCCUCCAAUGGUCAACAUAGCCGAUCUAGCACGAUACGGCAACAGGCCAGUGCGAGAUAUCGCUCCACUGGCUGCGGGACUCUUCGUUAGCAAACCUGCUGUCAUCAUUCUCGGUCUUCUGACCACUGCAGCUGGAGCGAAGCAUUUUGGUGUGGCAAACUGGAAUCUUUGGGAUUUCUACGGUCUCGUGCUUGACGAAUUGUGGUCUCCAGAAGCUCGCGCUCUAGUCUUUCUCGGAGCCUUUAUCCAGUGCUUUGCUACCAUAGUGACUAACGUGAGCAGCAAUGCCAUACCUGUUGGAUGCGAUCUGUCCGGUCUGUUCCCUGGGUACUUCACCAUCGUUCGGGGCAUGGUUCUGUGCCACAUCCUGGUUUGGCCAGUCGUGCCGUGGCUUUUGGUGAAUUCAGCGCAGAAUUUCUUGACCUUCCUAGGCAGCUACCUCUGCUUUAUCACACCUGUAGUUGCCCUCAUGAUCGUCGAUUACUGGCUCUCGCGGCGCGGCAACAUACACGUGCCAUCUCUGUAUCGCCCGGACUCUAGCUCGCCUUACUACUACACCAAAGGCUUCAACCCUCGAGCCUAUACCGCCUGGUUGGUUGGCGUGGUCCUUCUUAUCUCUGGCAUCUCCGGUGCUAUCGAUCCGGGCUCGAUCAGCCAGACAGCUGUAAAUGUCUACAACUGUGGAUUUGUGCUCUCAUUUACUGGCGCAGCCGUGAUGUACUAUGUCCUAUGCAGGAUAUGGCCUAUUCAGCUGUAUCCUAGAGGACGGCACGAAGAUGAAGGCAAAAGGUGGGAGAGUAUGGUGCCAACUGAGGGGUUCCUCCUUGACGACUAUCCUCUACCGGGUCACAUCAAGACUAAGGUACUCCUUGGCGAGGAGCCGGCCGCUGCAACUUUCGGCGAACAGAUAGAGCGCAAGACGGGGAAGCAGAUGAGCUACCAGAAAUAG